AUGGAACCCCUAACACCACCACCACCCUACACACCCGAGCCUUCUGCUUCCACGGUCAGCCCCAAUGCUCCUACUGUCCAAGUUACUAGCCCAAUGGCUUCGACCACCGUCACCCCAGCUCAAAAGCUUGAGAUGGUUCAGGCCGAGCUGGAGGUGGCCAAACUUCGCCUUCGCCAGCAGGCAAGAGAGCGUCAAGGUCUGAGGAGAGUUGCCUCGUCUAGAGCCUCAGUAUUCCAGAGACUUGCGCCCAAGGUACGUAUUCCGUCAAUACUCGCAUCGAUCACUCGGAUUCCUCGAAUGCCAGGCCAAGAGCCCGAGCUCUCGGUCCCCAAAUUAGACCAACGCAGAAUUGCUUGGAACAUGAUUCUGAGCGAGCCGCACACCCCAAGUGCUUGUUCUAUCGCAUCCCUCACCAAGAUUAUGCUCCGUGACCUCUCGAUGGAGACCCACCACUACGGCAUGAUGCUUGUUCUUCGUGCUGCUAGCGUCUCAGCCAUGCAUUCCUCAAUGCAAACUUGCGUUGCUGUUGAAGACGAGAACGGUGACAUCGAACUCCUCACCAUUCACGACUUUGCAGUCACCAAUCAUCUGUCCAAGGAAAUACAGAUCGGAUCUUUCUUCGUGGUCAAGGAACCUUAUUUCCGUACUGUCCUGGACGAGGCUUGUGUCCUGUGCAUCGACCAUCCAUCUGACAUCCUCUUCUUGGACGUCGAUGAUCCCAUGCUACCAUGUGCCUGGAGAACCGAUGUCGUCAGCAAUUCACCCACCCAGUGGAAGCAAGCCGGGAACGAAGCUUUGAGAUCCGACGAUCCAAUGGAGGCCGAGCGAUGUUACAGUAGAGCACUUGCCGCCAUGACGGCAAGUCAAGCAAAAGACGUCGUCGGAGGCAUUGUCCGCCGUAACAGAGCACAAGCUCGGCUCUGUCUCGAGCGUUGGGAUGGAGCAUACACCGAUGCAAUGGCUGGCAUGCGACCACUUCCUGCCAAACCGGAUGAAUUUGCGGACCUCCAAAACAUGAAGGCCUUUUAUCGAGCGGGACGUGCAGCUUACGAGCUCGGUGCAUACGACCGCGCACACUCAGCGUACACUUCAGUCACCAGAAUUGCUCCCAACGACGUUGACGGUCUACGCGAGCUCAAGCGGACAGAGGCACGCAUGGCCGAACAAGUGACUGGUAUCAACUUCUGGGCAGCAACUGGACCGCAGGCACAUGGAACCAAGGUAGAUCAUGCCGACUUCCUGCGCAGAACCGAAGCACGUCAAACGCAGGCUCAUGGUCGUGGUCUUUUCGCCGUGGAAGCCAUUGCAUGUGGUGAUAUCAUUCUCUGUGAGAAAGCACUGGCAUUUGUGCCAUCGCCAGCUGUGCCUAAGAGUUUCCACUUGGUGAUUCCGCCAGCAGCCACCAGGGGUACUUUCGGUACACAGAGCAAUAUGUGGACCGAAGUCAUCCAAAAGAUACUUGCUAACCCCAGUAUCGGCCCUAGACUUCUGAGUCUGUAUGCUGGUCCGAACUACUCUCCACUGAACGACCUUGACAUUCCAAUGCUUGAUGGCCGACCUGUUGUUGACAUUUUCCGCGUUGAGAACAUCAUAGAGUACAACUCUUUCGGGUACGCUCAUGAUGCCAGUCUCACCAGUUUUGGCAACGCUGCUCUGGCAACUCCAGGCAUGGACAGCAAGGACGGAUCGAUGGGACUCUGGCUACACUCAUCUGCCAUCAAUCAUUCCUGUCUAUACAAUGCUGAGCACAGCUUCAUCGGCGACAUGAUCAUUUUCAGAGCUACUCGCGAUAUUGCCAAAGACAAGGAGAUUACCACACUCUACAAAGAGGUCAAUGCAUGCUACGAGACGCGUGAUGCUGCGCUCCGCACCUGGGGUUUCAGUUGUGACUGCAAGCUCUGCGAAGCGGACAGGACGUGUCCAGCACUUCCACGACGCAAACAGCUUCUACAGCAAGCCAAGGAAGUGCUCGAGAGACUUCCAGUACUGAAUGCUACUCUUGAACCACGUGACGUCGUAAUGAUGUUCGAAGACCUCCUGGCACAGAUUGAAGACACUUAUCCAGAAGAGUACUACCGCGGUCUUCCACGCCCCGGCUUGAUUACCUUAAAUCGAUACUGUGCAUUCGCUUACUCACGCAGCAAUCCUGACAAGUCACUUCAGCAUGCUCUUGCAGUCAUUGAUGCUCAUGGCUACAAGUUGACUAUCACUGGAGAGGACGUCGAGUUUGACAGAACUGAUGCAAUGUCAGCUCCCCAAGUAGUCGACCAGUUGAUGAAUGCCAGCAGGAUAUAUCAAGGCAGGGGUCAGAUGGGUCUGGUAAGUAGCCUCAGAGAGUUGGCUCUAGAGAUGUACAUCAUCAUCAACGGGGAGCCGUCUGGUUUUGAGACCAGAUAUGGUAAAGCUCGUGCGUGA